AUGGGAAGUGUCACAGUUCGGUAUUUCUGUUACGGGUGCCUUUUUACAUCUGCAACCUGGACAGUUUUGCUUUUUAUUUAUUUCAAUGUCAGUGAAGUGACUCAGCCCCUUAAGAAUGUGCCCCUCAAGGGGCCUGAGCCCCACGGGCCAGUUCCCAGAAAGUUCUAUCCCCGCUUUACUCGAGGCCCGAGUCGAGUGUUAGAAUCUCAGUUCAAAGCAAACAGAGUGGAUGAUGCCGUAGAUAACAAUAACAGUGAAGAUUCGGAAAAAGACCACCUGAAGUUCUCUUCUGAAUUGGGAAUGAUUUUUAAUCAACGUGAUCAGGAGUUGAGAGACUUGGGCUAUCAGAAACAUGCCUUUAAUAUGCUUAUUAGUAACCGCUUGGGCUACCACAGAGACGUGCCAGAUACCAGGAACGCAGCGUGCAAGGGGAGGGCCUACCCGGGCCGCCUGCCCACGGCCAGCGUGGUCAUCUGUUUCUACAACGAAGCCUUUUCGGCCUUGCUCCGCACGGUGCACAGCGUACUGGCUCGCACGCCCGCCCGCCUGCUCCACGAGGUGAUCCUGGUGGACGAUGCCAGCGACUUCGAUGAUUUAAAAGGAGAACUAAAUGAGUAUGUCCGAAAAUACCUCCCUGAAAAAAUUCAAAUCCUAAGAAAUACGAGGCGCGAGGGGCUGAUUCGGGGAAGAAUGAUCGGCGCUGCCCACGCCACAGGGGAGGUGCUGGUGUUCCUGGACAGCCACUGCGAGGUGAACGUGGCAUGGCUGCAGCCCUUGCUGGCCGCCAUCCUCCAGGACCCGCACACCGUGGUGUGUCCCGUGAUCGACAUCAUCAGUGCCGACACGCUGGCCUACUCCGCAUCGCCCAUCGUGCGGGGUGGGUUCAACUGGGGGCUGCACUUCAAGUGGGAUCUCGUCCCCCUUUCUGAGCUGGGAGGAGCAGAAGGGGCCACCGCCCCCAUAAGGUCACCCACCAUGGCCGGGGGGCUGUUCGCCAUGAACAGACAGUACUUCAACGAACUCGGCAAGUAUGACAGUGGCAUGGAUAUCUGGGGAGGAGAAAAUUUGGAAAUUUCAUUUCGGAUCUGGAUGUGCGGCGGCAGUCUCUUCAUCAUCCCGUGCUCUCGGGUAGGGCACAUUUUCCGGAAGCGGCGGCCGUAUGGCUCUCCCGAAGGCCAGGACACCAUGACGCACAACUCCCUGCGGCUGGCCCAUGUGUGGCUGGACGAGUACAAGGAGCAGUACUUUUCCUUACGACCCGAUCUGAAGAGCAGAAGCUAUGGAAACAUCAGUGAGCGUGUGGAACUGAGGAAGAAGUUGGGGUGUCAGUCAUUCAAAUGGUAUCUGGAUAAUAUUUACCCAGAGAUGCAGAUACCUGGACCCAACGCCAAACCCCAGCAACCCAUUUUCAUCAACAGAGGCCCCAAACGCCCCAAAGUCCUUCGGCGUGGCAGGCUCUAUCAUGUCCAGACCAACAAAUGCCUGGUGGCCGAGGGCCGCCCCAGCCAGAAGGGCAGCCUGGUGGUGCUGAAGGCGUGUGACUACGCAGACCCGGCGCAGAUCUGGAUUUAUAAUGAAGACCAUGAGUUGGUUCUAAACAAUCUCCUCUGUCUGGACAUGUCCGAGACGCGCUCGUCAGACCCGCCCCGGCUCAUGAAGUGCCAUGGCUCGGGCGGCUCCCAGCAGUGGACCUUUGGGAAGAAGAACCGGCUGUACCAGGUUUCCGUGGGCCAGUGCCUGAGAGCGGUGGGGCCGCUGGGGCAGCCGGGCGCGGUUGCCAUGGGGAUCUGCGACGGCUCCUCUGCCCAGCAGUGGCACCUGGACGGCUAAGGCGGUCGUGCCGCGCUGGUGACUCAGCGGGCCACGCGGCCCCCGUGGAAGCAGCACGCGUGUGCGUUGGGAGGAACGGACACCUCGGCCAGGUGGAGCGGAGGCGAGGGGCCCUGAAAAGGAGGAAGGGGCUUUACAGACGUGAAGGCCAUUCCUGAGCUGCUGCUAGAAGUUUCUUGUUUAGAGAGGGGAACUAGAGAACGAUGUGAACUCUAGAGAGCCAGACUUACACAGAGCAUUCACAGUUAUUGACGCUUCUUUCUUUCCCCGCUGGCGAUGGCAUGGGUUUUAUCUGAUCAGAAAUGCUUGUCAUUUUUUUUAGAAGACUUCGUAGGAGAAGGUAAUUCUCUUCUAUCAUGUGUUUAAUAUGUGCUAAAUAGGUGAUUUGAAAAAUUGAACAUCUUAACUUCAGGUGUCAUAAUAUUUAAGAGGCAGUUACUAUUAUAAAUUAUUUUGAUGAUUUAUGGUACUACAUUUAAAUAAAGGCUGUUGGAUUA